UACAAAUUUAAAUGCAAAAUGUAUUCGAGAAUAUAUAAAUUAACGAUUUAAAUUAAAAUUCAAUAAGUUUGAAGUUCACUCUUUUAAAUACUAGUGCAGAUGUUAAUUAAAUUAUUUUUUUAAAAUUAAUUAUUCCACCUAAAAAUUGUUCUAUUGAUAUUUCUGUUCCUGAAAUUUAUUAGAAUUCUGAUUUCUAAGUUUAUCUAAAUAAUUGUGUGCCUUUUUAAGCUUAAAAUUAAUUAUUAUAUAGUUUCAUUUUAUAUCAAAAUGAUUAAAAAUUUAUAAUUAAAGAUAAAAUAAUAGAAAAUGUCAUUACUUUAAAUCUUAUUUAAGGAGAAUUUACAAUUGAAUGUUAAGCUUUUGAAAAUUUAGAAGGAAGCAUUUCUAUUAAAAAAAAAAUUUUUGUUUAAUAAAAUGAUUCUUAAAUUAAACCUACAGAAAAUUUAACAGACGAAUCAAAAAAUGUAGAAUGGUUAAUUUUAAUGGAAAUAAAGUAAGUUUAAUAAAAAUAUAACUAGAUAUAAGAAGGAUAAACUGGUAUAGAUAAUUUAGACGAAAAACAAUUAAAAGAAAUGUGCAAAAAAGCAGAAAAGUUUUACGAAAAAAUGACUUUGAAUAAAGGAGAUUAGAAAAUGAAUAUUUUUUAGAUCAUAAAAAAUUGUUAUGAAAUUCAAGCAAACAUCUAAAAUGAAAAUUUUUAAAUUAAUUAUGAAAAACUGAAAGAAUUCUAUACUAAAUAAAUUGAUAUUUUAAAAAUGUACUAAUAAUAUGAAUAUUAAGAUUACGAAGAGCAUUUAAAAUUAUGUAUUAACUAUUGCUAUUCGCUUUUGGAAUAUUUAGAUAAAAUGUCUUUAGCUUUGACAAUAAAAAAUGAAUAAGAUUAAUAAAAUGUUAUCCUUUUUACCAACUAACUAUUAAUUUAAUGCUUACAAUAUUUCAAAAAUGAAAAUAUUUCUUAUUCUGGAAAUGCUUUUAAUGUUAAAACAGAUACAAUAAUUGAAGAAAAAACUAAAAAUCUUAUGUAUUAUACAAUAAACUACGAAUAUCAAAACAACCCAUUUGCUGAAUUAUCUAAAGAAUAUAAAUAAAUAACCCCCAUAAAGGAAAUAUAAAUAGUGGAUUCUAAAAGCUACAACUUAGUAAAUAAAGAAACAAGUUAUGUACUUAAUUAUUAAAAAAGUUAAAGUAAUUUCGAAGGCUUUACAUGUAUUUAAUUUAAUAAUUUAAAUUAAUAGAAUUAACUUUAAUGGAAUGAGGAUAAUUGUAAAACUACUUUAUUAAAAUUUUAGUUCUAAGUGCAUUGCAUUUGUUAAAAUAAUAAAGGUCCUGUUACUGUUGUGUAAAGUUUUUUUGAUAUUUUUAAAAAUAAAAAUUUAAAAGAAAUCAUCGAUAAAGACAAUAUUUAAGACCUUUUUGAAAGUCUUGAGUGGUAUAAUUAUAUAGUAAUUUGGUAUGCAGCAUUUUAAUUUACUGCUUUUUUAAUUAUUUUAAUACUUAUAAGUUAUUAAAGG